CCCGCAGUGUUUACACCGGCGGCGGGAGGACGAGGAAGCGGGGCCGCCUCUGUUGCUACAUCUCGGUCACCGGCCCGGCCCCUCGCUCCUCCUCCUCCCCCCGCCUCUCUGCGGUCGCCCCUCUCGGUGUCAGGUCAAUGAGCGCCCCGGGCCAUGGACACCAGCGACCUCUUCACCAGCUGCAAGAAAGGAGACGUCUGCCGAGUGCGGUACCUUCUGGAGCAGAGGGAUGUGGAAAUAAAUGUCCGGGACAAAUGGGACAGUACCCCUCUAUACUAUGCCUGUCUGUGUGGGCACGAGGAGCUUGUGCGCUACCUUCUGGCCAAUGGUGCAAAAUGUGAGGUGAACACCUUCGAUGGGGAGCGCUGCCUGUACGGAGCACUGAGCGAUGCCAUCCGACGCGAGCUGAAAGAGUACAAGCAGAUCACUGCCAAGUCGAUGAAGCGGGAUUACUAUGACGACUUCUUGCGGCGGCUCCUGGAGCAGGGUUACCAGAGUGACAUCGUCUUCAUCGUGCAUGGGAAACCCUUCUGGGCCCACCGCUGCGUCCUCAGUGCCCGCAGCCCCUACUUCGCCGAGAUGUUCGAGACCAAGUGGAAGGGAAAGAGUAUGAUAGCCCUCAAGCACCCACUGAUCAACCCUGCAGCCUUUGGCUCCCUCCUGCAGUACCUGUACACAGGUCGCCUUGACAUUGACGUGGACUACGUGAACGACUGUAAAAGGCUGGCAAAGCAGUGCCAACUGCAACAGCUCAUCGAAGACCUGGAGAUCAAAUGCAAGAAGGUGUAUGAGUUUGUGGCCUCCAAGCCGGGGACCUGCGUGAAGGUGCUGACCAUCGAACCCCUCGCCAACUGCCAGCUCCAAGAGGACCUGGCUCUACUGGCUGACUGCGCGCUGCCCCCUGAACUCCGGGUGGGCUUUGGUGAGCUGCCCUUCGACAGUACCGACAACUUCAGCAGCUGUCCUGAUGUCUGCUUCCGGGUGGCCAACUACAACUUCUUGUGUCAUAAGGCCUUCUUCUGUGGCCGCAGUGACUAUUUCAAGGCCCUGCUGGAGGAUCACUUCUGUGAGAGCGAGGAGCUGCAGGCCCAGCCCGACAUCCCCGUGGUGACAUUGCACAACAUCUCCGAGGACAUCUUCAUCCGCGUGCUCUACUACAUCUACAGCGAUGAUACCGAGCUCUCCCCGGAGAACGCCUAUGAGGUGCUGGGAGUGGCCGACAUGUACUUGCUGCCUGGCUUGAAGCGCUUGUGUGGGCGGAGCCUGGCCCAGGUCCUGGAUGAGGACAACGUGGUGAACAUCUGGAAGGUGGCGAAACUCUUCCAACUGACCCGGCUGGAAGACCAGUGCACUGAAUACAUGGCCAAGAUCAUCGAGAAGCUGGUGGAGCAGGCCGAGUUUGCGGAGGCUGUGAAGGAGGAAGCAGAGGCGGUGGCUGAGCGGCAGGAGACGGACUCCAUCCCCCUGGUGGAUGACAUUCGUUUCCAUAUCACCAGCAAUGUCCAGACCUACAGUGCCAUCGAGGAGGCCAACCAGAAGCUGGAGGCCCUGGAAGGUCUGCUGGCUAACAUCGGGCUCGAGUGCUGAGGACCCCGGGCGCUUCCCGCCUUCCCUCGCUUAGGGCCUGGCAUAUCCCUUGGUCGAGAGUGGACCAACGCCCACAACCCCAGGCCCGGGUCUCUCCUUGGACUCCAGCUUCACCUGCUUCCACUCCCCUCUUUCUGGCCAGGGUGGACUACAGAGAGGAAGGCUUCUGGGCCGUCAGAGGGAGAAUUUCCCCAACCUCACCGCCCCUUCUCUUCUGCCUCCCCCCCACCCCACCCCGGACUGAUUUUGGAAUACCCUAAUGUGUUUCGGGAGGGUGGGGAACACUUGGGUUGCUGCAUCCUUACUGGAAGCUAAAACUCUGGUUAAAAAUGCGGGCAUUGAAAUGGAUAGCUUGUUUUACUGGUUGGGGAUGGGAGAAGGGUGGGGUGUGGAGGUGUGUUCUCCCCGCUCUCCCCACUCAAAUCAGGCUGAGAAAGUGAGGAGGGGUUCAGAUGUUUUGGGGCCCCGGCCUGGCUGCCUCUCUGUGCCCCCAUCCGCCCCGGGAGGGGUCAAGGGCGGGCAUGUUCUCCACCUCCAAGGCCGGGUCACCUCCCUCCUAGCGACCUCUGCUCCUUGGGCUCCUCACAGAGGGGAUCUCGUGAGCGAGGCCUCCCCACUGCUGUGCUGACAGCCAAGCCCCCCUGCUCAGCAUUUUAGUGAGCCCCUCCUGGGAGGGGAGGCCCAACUGCUCUCCCCAGGGCUCUCCGUCUUGAGGACCUCUGCCUUCCACCAGACAAGAAAGAUGCCUCUCCCCAGACAGCUCUCCUGAGGUUACCCUUCCCUUUCUUGGGGCAGGAAAACUGUCCACUGCAAGGGGACGAGAGGGUUUCUGCUGCCUUCCUUCCUGCCCCCGCAGGUGGACAAGGGGCAGGCCCUCCCCUUCUCAUUUGGGGGAGCCGUUCCACGGGGGCCCAAGUUGCCGGGGCUGCACCUGGAGGCCCCCAUCCCAGGGAACCGAGCCUGAGCCGGGGACCCAGCCGUGGCGUCGCCCGCCGGGCCGGAUGGCGGAGGCUGCCCCCCACGGUUGCCUGGCAGGCGGGAGGAACAUCCACGGAGCUGGGCAGGGGGCCAGGACCGGAAGGGUGCCAGGGGAGGAUGGCAACCCAUUGGCUGGGCUGAGUGCCCAGCCUGGGAAUAGCAACAGGGCUGAAGGUCAGGAGAGUGGCUGACAGAGCCAAGGCCUGGCACCUCGAAGGGUUUGGCCACCAGCCGCGAGGGCCGGGGAAAGGCUACCUAUUUGCAUAGUAACGGCGGCCACUUGAGGGGAGAGAGCAGGGUGUUUGGGGGGGUGGGAGGGUGCCCUAGUGGGGUAACCGGACUGGGGCCUGGGCUGAGUUUCUGGCGGCGACUGCCUCUGUCUCCAGGGGUGACUCACGCGGGUGCAGUUGGGCUUUGACUAGUAAUCGUGAUAAUGAUAUUAAACGAGUGCUUACCGCGUGCCAGCCAUUGGAGUAAACGUGAGAACCAGCUCGGAUGCAGUCCCUGCCGACCCGGGGCUCUCAGGAGGGAAGGAGAGCGGGUAUCUCGCCCCGAUUUACAGAUGAGGAAACCGAGGCCCAGAGGGGUUACGUGAUUGGCCCCAAGUCGCCCAGCAGGCUAGUGGCCGAGCUGGGAUUAGAACUCAGGUCUCUGGCUCCCAACCCCAUGCUCUCUCUCCAUUAGGAAUCACCGAAGCCCCCAAAGAAUCCUUUGUCCCGUCGAACUCCACCCACCCCAAGAUGCACAAUCCCAGCUAUAUUCUCCCCCGGCCCCCACCGACCAGGGUCCCCGUGUGGCUUUCCUGUUAGCCCCCAGCCCCUCACCAAAUUGUUAUUUUGGCUGAUUUAUUUUCUCCAUCCCUAACACUCACGGGUCCUAUUGGCGACAUCGCUUUUCCUGUCACCGCCACCCUGCCGCGGAGCCGGGUGCCAGGGCCGGAUCAGGGUGGGGAUGUGCGGAGAGCAGAUGGUGGGUGGGGGGAUGAGGGAGAUAGCGCCUCCCCACUCCCUCUGCUCCGCCCAGCCCCCCGGCUUUGCAACUCCAGAACCCCCAGUGAAUGUGGCGAUGGCUACGUCAGCCCGUCCCCUCCCUCCCAAACUGUGGACCCAGCCCCCAGUGUGGAAAACCCUUUUACGUCCCAAUCCUGACAUCGUUUCAGACCAGACCCAGAAUGCCCUUUCUCCCUCUCUCUCCUAGCCCCCCUUUCCCAGAAAGAGAUCUGGGUUUUUCACCUUCCUUCCCUACUCCUCUAUGUGGGAAUGUGGCCCGCCUGUCCCCGUCUCGUUCCUCGAGGCAAAGACGGUCCAGGUUUCUAGAGCAGCAAUAUAGUCUAAUCUCCACUAUUUAAAAAUAAAACAGAGGAGCAUGUGUGCAGCAAUAAAAAUAUAUUUCACUAUGAUUAUCUCA